AUCUUUUGUAGUCGAUUCGUAAUCGAAUAAAAUUGGAUUCCAUAAAUCAAUGAAUCGAAUUUACGGAUUGCAACCAGCGACGAUGGAGAGUAGUAGUAGGCGUCGGAGCUGUAAAUCUUUGCCUAAUUCGUCGCCGGCGAGAACUGCCAGCGACGGGAACACGGGGAUCAUGGACGAGAAGGUGCUGUUUCUGGUGUUCCGGAGCAUCAACUGGGAUCCGCAGGUGAUCUGCCUGGUCGCGUGCUUGAGCCGGCGGCUGCGGGCGGUGGCCCGGCGGGUGCUCUUCCGGGAGCUGUGUGCGGCGCGGGCGCCGCUGAUGGUGGCGGCGCUGACAGCGAGCGGGGCGAAGCCGUUGGGGCGGCUGGGAGGCGGGUGGUAUGCGCUGGCGAAGCUGCUGUUCUUCUGCUGCGGCUGCGCGGCGGCGACGCGGUUCUUCUCGCCGGUGGAGACGCCGGCGAAGGGGCACUUCGUGGGGGUGUCGCGGUUCUCGAAGACGUCGGGGCGGAGCUUCCUCCCCCGGCGGUGCUGGGGCGACCUGCUCUUCGUCAGUGACCCGUGCGAGCACCCGGAGGCGCCCGGCGGCUGCGGAGGAGAGGACUUGGGGGCGUACAGGGGCGUGUUCAGGGGGUUCAUGAGGUCGAGAACGAGGGCGUGUCUACUCAGGAAGAGGGCGGAGCUGGAGGCGCGGGUGCGGUGCCCCUACUGCGGCGCCCGGGUGUGGAGCAUGACGGCGGCUGGGCUGGUGCCGAGGAGCGCUGCGCGGAGGCUCGGCGCGCACCAAGGCAGCUUGGAGUACUUCGUAUGCGUCAACGGACACCUCCAUGGCUAUUGCCGGUUGGCUCAUUUGUCCUCCUCCGACAGCGACCACUACGACGCUAAUGACUCCGACGACGAUGACUCCGACGAGGAUGAUAAGGAAGGCGAUGAGGGGAACGUCCCAUGCUAAAUGCUAACCAUCCUUCUGAAGGCUAUGGAAUAUGGGAAGGCAGGAGAUAAGCCAGGAAGACUCCCUGUAUCCGAUAGUUCUGUCACAGGUCGAAUGAGAUUCUAGGAUUUUGCGAAAUGCAAUGCGUUUCAUAACUCAAGUUUUUUAUUAUUAUUAUUUAUUUAUCUUAGUUGGAACCAAAUAUCAUAUGGAUAAUACAAUAUUCAGAUUGAUCCA